CUUCACCCAGAGCAGCAGAGGCUAAAAGAUACUGAGGCCUCAGUAAUUUGAAUUCCAGAGGCAAUAAAUCGAUGUCAUUAUUUUUUUCCUUUGGUUUGUCCUGUUGCAUCUGGUCCAUGUCUAACAGGAAGAGGGGUGACGUGUGCGAAAGCUGCCAGGCGGUGCCUUCAAGUAAAGUUUGAAUUUGUGCUUCCUUCACAGCCGCGAUUGUUGCACAGGAAUUGGGGGAGUCUUCUCAGUUGCCUCCUGCUGGUAUGAGGUGUCUGAAUGCAACAGGCGCCUAGUUGUUGUGACACUGAAUGGGCAAUUGCCACUCGAUUUUUAAAAAGAAAGAAAGAAAUCCAAGAUUAGGAGUCAGUAAUGUUAUGCUGCAGGAAGCAUGGAAGAAAACAAAGUGAUGGGUUCUUCUCCAUUUGAACUUCGUUUAGUGCACUUGGAUCUUAAGGGAGCUCCACCAAAGGUCUCAUACCUAGCAGAGAUCUUCCCUUUGUUCCAUGAGCUGGGGGCAAAUGGGAUUCUCCUUGAGUAUGAAGAUAUGUUUCCUUAUAAUGGAGAGCUGAAGCCACUCCAAGCAAAUGAUGCCUACAGUCCAUCUGAGAUUAAAGAGAUUAUAAACCUGGCAAACUUGCACGAGUUAGAGGUUAUCCCUCUGGUACAGACCUUUGGACACAUGGAGUUUGUCCUGAAGCACAAAGAGUUCCGCCACCUGCGGGAAGUGGAAAUGUUUCCAAACACUGUGAACCCACAUAAAGAGGAAUCCUUGAGUUUGGUCAGCGGAAUGAUAGACCAAGUGUUAGCACUGCAUGAAGAACUUCGAUGGUUUCACAUUGGCUGUGAUGAGGUUUAUUAUCUUGGUGAAGGGGAGGAGUCCAAAAAGUGGCUACAGCAAGAAGAAAAUACCACUGAAAAGCUAUGCCUGGCCCACUUGAAAGCAGUGGCUAGCUAUGUGGUCUCAGCUCACCCCACAGUGAAACCCAUUGUAUGGGACGACAUGCUAAGGGGAUUGAAUGAAGAAACAUUGAGAGAUUCUGGGAUAGCACAGCUUGUGGAGCUGAUGAUCUGGGACUAUGCUCCAGAUCUUGAUGUCAGCAGUAAAGCAAUUCUCAUAGAAAAGUACCAGAAGUGUAACUUUCCCAAGCUAUGGUUGGCUAGUGCUUUUAAAGGGGCCACUGGAGUAAACCAGUCCCUAACACUUAUUGGCCAUCACCUUAAAAAUCACCAACAAUGGUUGAAAGUGGCUGAGAGUACUCCUGCUGGUAUCCUCCAAGGAAUUGCCCUGACCGGAUGGCAAAGGUAUGACCACUUCUCUGUUCUGUGUGAGCUUCUGCCUGUAGGAAUCCCGUCAUUAGCCAUAUGUCUCCAGGCACUAAAGAACGGUGGCUAUUCAGAAAAGGUGAAAGAAGAUGUGAAAAAGCUUUUAGGGAUCUCCAGUCUGGAAACAGACACUUUCAUGAGUGACAUCUCAGGGACUUUCCCAGGAAGUGAAAUUCUCUCACUUGUGACCCAAAUAGCUUUCUACCUCAAACCCUCAGUGGAUGAACUUCUGGAAAACAACAGGUACGUCACAGGCUGGUUCAGCCCUUACCACAGAAAGCGAAAGAAGGUUCAUCCUAUAAUGAUUCAUCUCUUUCAGCCAGAUGCACUAAGGCUUUUGACCAAGUGGAAUACAGUGACCCAGGAGCUUCAAGCAGCCAUGAAGAAAGUCUUCUUUAUGUCUGCUGUAGAGGAAUGGAUGGAAGAGAAUAUCCAACCCAGCCUACAGAGACUUCAAGACACAGUAGAUGACUUGAACAGAGCAAUACAGGCAUUAACAUAGCAGUCUUUCAAACUGCUGUACAGAGAUUCAGGAUGGUACAACUGAUAUUCUGCAGCUAAAAAAUAAUGUUGUGUAAACAUCAGAAAUUUGAUGAGUUAAUUGCACUAACAGGCUUGGAAUUAAUUUUAAAAUGAAUUUUUGAAGGGUGUAUACCAGUAUACAAAAGAGACAGCAGAUUUAAAAACUUCACGGUGGUUAUGGUUGAUCAUAAAUUCCAAAUUUAAGACUGCUGCACAGACACUUUAUCUUCUAAAUAAAAUCUAAAAUGUUGCACA